GACGCUCCGUGCAGCCAAUCAGAUUGUCGAGUACUGCUUCGUCCUUCGGCUAUUUGCUUCCGUUCGUUCUCUCGUUUCCGGAAAUUGCAGCGUGACCGACGUUUCGUGUCUUUCGCAGACUUAAAAAUGCGUUACGUGGCCGCUUACCUGUUGGCUGUUCUGGGUGGCAACAACAACCCAUCCGCCAAAGACAUUAAAAACAUCCUUGGGAGUGUUGGAAUUGAGGCCGAUGAUGAACGUCUUAACAAGGUCAUCAGUGAGCUGAAUGGCAAGGACAUCAAUGAAGUCAUGAAUGCCGGCCUCUCUAAGUUAGCCUCCGUGCCAGCAGGUGGUGCAGUGGCGGUCUCUGCCGCAGCUGCUGGUGGUGGGGCCGCUCCUGCUGGGGAAGCACCUGCAGCGGAAGAGAAAAAGGAAGAGAAGAAAGAAGAAUCUGAGGAGUCUGAUGAAGACAUGGGCUUUGGCCUCUUUGAUUAAUCUUUCUUUUUACUUCUGAAAAUAAAAAAGGAAAACAUUUUGUGUUAA